AUGACUUUAGCAGUUCGAAUGCUUGUAUAUGGAGUGGCAGCAAAUGCAGUUGAUGAUUACGUGCGAAUUGAGGAAAGCACAACAAUUGAAAGUUUGAAACACUUUUGCAAUUCAAUUGUUGAAAUCUUUGGACCUGAAUAUUUUAGAUCUCCAUCACCAACUGAUAUUGCUAGAUUACUUGCUAUUGGGGAGGUUCGUGGGUUUCCGGUAGCUUCUUAUGACUUGUGGAUUUGGCAUGCGUUUUUUGGAAUGCCUAGAUCACACAAUGACUUGAAUGUCUUGGAUCGUUCACCCUUAUUUUCUGAUCUUGCCCAAGGGAAAGCUCCGCCUACUAAUUUCACAGUUAAUGGACACACUUACAAUAUGGGUUAUUACCUUGCUAAUGGUAUAUACCCUCCAUGGGCAACAUUGGUGCAGACGAUCUCUUCUCUCCAAGGAGCAAUGAAGCAACAUUUUUCUAUGAUGCAAGAGUCAGCAAAGAAGGAUGCAGAGCAGACUAGCAUUAUAUUGCACAAUAUGAUUGUCGAGGAUGAGAGAGACUCCUAUCUUGAUUUGGAUUAUGAAAUAUCAUCAAGCAUCUCUGUAGUAGUACUGUCUACUGCCAGUAACAAUGCCUCUGAAUUGUUUAUAUCCUGUCAUUUAGGUAUUAGAGAUAAGAAUACAUAUCAUGCCCUCCGCAAUGAUUUAAUUGAACAUAUGUGA